GCUAAAAAUAUGUAUCAAUCCCCCGUUUCAGAAGACAAAUACUUUAGCUACAGCAGUGCUGAUACCUUUCCAUUCGGCAAAUUUGCUGAUCAACACUAUCAUGUCCCUGAGAAACCCAGUCAUCAGACAAGUGAUUCGUCAACAUCAUCACCACCUACUGCUGAACCAUCUCCUUGUUUCAGUGAUAGAGAAUGCCUAGAACAGCCGGAGUCAGAAAUGGAAAAAAGUCCAAGCAACUUUAAUUCGAAAAGGCGUGUCUCCUUGAGCAAGGCAGAACGUAGAGCUGAGCAUAAUGCAAUUGAACGUGCCCGAAGAGAAUGCCUGAAUUCAAAGUUUCAACAAUUAGCAGACGUGCUACCUAAUCUCCAAAAUCAUCGAAGGCCAUCCAAAGGGCAGAUUGUUGAAAAGGCACUAGACUGGGUCAAACAAAACUUGACAAAGGAAGAGCGGUACCAGUAUCAAAUCAUGCAGCUUCAAAAUGAGAAUAGGCGUCUGAUGGCUCAUAUUGCCAUGAACCAGCAUAAACCAAGUAUGAUAACUCCUACUGCAUCUGUCUCAACUCCAGUUACUUCUUUUGCACGAAACAAUUGUUUUGAUACUCCCGUCAAGCAAUCUAUAUCAGGAAGCUCAUCUACUCAGCAGCUGUAUACUCGCAAGACCGGCAAACUUUAUUACACAUCCACAGAACAAAUGGACAUGGCAUCCUAUUCUACAGCCUCUAUGAAUAACUGGACGCAGACCAGCUUCUCGAACACCGAUGAAAGGGCUUUAGAUUACAUAUUUUCCCUUCAGUUUACAGCGCCGCAAAAGGAAGAAUGCGGAGAUAGCAAGUGCCCAUCAGAUCAGUGUCAGGGCGGUAUCAAUGACUCUGAAUUGACCGUUGACGGUGUGUAUCGCAAUCCCGAAUUAUACCCUUCGCCUUGGAUCAAAAAUCAACAAGAAGCUUCCUACCCGUAUCAUCUUAAAAGCCCAUCAAACUCAGUUUAUUAUCAUCCCCCAUAUUCAUCCUAGACUCCUUUAUCCACCCUUUUCUUUAUACAUGUCAACCGUACGUUCUACCUUAAUUGCUCUUUUUUUUCGUUUAC